AUGGCGUCUUGGAAUUCAGUUUCAUUAGAACUAACCUACGAAUUUCUUGGCUGGUUCGCUUUUAUUGCAUGGUCCAUCAGUUUCUACCCUCAAGUCAUCUUAAAUUUUAGAAGAAAAAGCGUUGUUGGACUCAACUUUGAUUUCGUUCUCUUAAACCUAACGAAACAUAGUUCCUAUCUCAUAUACAAUGCUUCUCUCUACUUUAGCUCUGCUAUUCAGAAUCAAUAUUUUCAGAAAUACGGUUAUGACCAGAUGAUACCGGUGGCAGCAAAUGAUGUUGCUUUUUCAAGCCAUGCUGUUCUGCUGACGGCCGUUGCAUUGUUCCAGAUUGCAAUCUAUGAACGUGGAAGUCAGAAAUUGUCGAAAAUUUCGAUUGGAAUUGUCUCUGUUGUUUGGCUGACGGCUGCUGUUUGUUUCUUUGUUGCUUUGUCUGAUCAUUCAUGGCUUUGGCUUCUCAAUAUCUUCAACUCAAUUCAAGUGCUUAUGACUACUAUAAAGUACAUUCCCCAGGUAAGCAUGAACUUCCUAAGGAAAAGUACUGAUGGAUUCAGCAUUGGUAACAUUCUACUUGACUUUUCUGGAGGAAUAGCGAACUAUGGACAGAUGGUUGUGCAAUCAAUAGAUCAGGAUUCGUGGGUCAACUUCUAUGGCAAUAUAGGAAAAGUGUUGCUCUCUCUGGCAUCUGUGUCCUUUGACAUUAUUUUCAUUAUUCAACAUUAUGUCCUGUAUCCUGCUAAAAAACACUCCAAAUUGGGGACCACCGGUGACGAUGAAGAUCAAAUUAGAGAGCACCUUGUCAGGCCUUCUGAUGAGUCUCCACCCGAGAAUGCGUGA